AACUACUGCAAAUAUGAAGCACUGCUUUGCCAUUUAUACCCUUCUCAAAGAAAACCGAGCUAGCACUCUCACUCACAGUAACACAGUCUCAUUCACUGUUUCUUCAUCUUUCUUCCUCUUCUUCUUCUUCAGAGUGUGUAGUAGCUCUGAGCUUAAACCCUAACACAGUAAACCUCAAACCCUAGCAUUUCGAAACCCUUUUAUUUCGCCAAAAUCAGCUUCGAUAAUCAUCAUCCAUGGGUCACAUUGGUUCCAGCAAAGACGUCAAGCUCUACGACAAGGGUAAGCACGAUGCAAUGGACAUUGACUCCGACGAAAACUUCGACGACGACGAUUUCCCCUCAAACGGCGUACUCAGGGGCUUAGGCCGGGAGCCACUCAAGAACUUCUGCAAGAAAGCCGCUGAGCUCUUCUUCGCGGAGUACGGCCUCAUUAGCCACCAGAUCAAUUCCUUCAACCAGUUUAUCGCCACAGGUGUUCAGAGCGCCUUCGAUUCCUUUGGUGAUCUCAUUGUGGAGCCUGGUUAUGAUCCUUCGAAGAAACGCGACGAAAAUGAUUUUUACCGUCACGCCGCCGUUAAGUUUGGGAAGGUGACGCUCGAGCGACCCAAGUUCUAUGCUGGCGAAGGGCAUGGAGAUUUCAAGAUGCUUCCAAGACAUGCACGCCUUCAGAGGAUGACAUACUCUUCCCAGAUUAAAGUCGAGAUUCAAGUUCAGGUGUAUGUGCCACAGAUGGUGAGGAGUGACAAAUUUAAGACCGGGCAAGAACAGUACCUUGAACAAAAGACUCUGAAGGAAGAGAGCAGAGAAAUCAUCAUUGGGAGACUGCCUAUUAUGGUCAAGUCUGAUCUGUGCUGGAUGAAAGGGGUUGAGAAAGGCGAUUGUGAGUUUGAUCAUGGAGGGUACUUCCUGGUCAAGGGUGCUGAGAAGACUUUUAUUGCACAGGAGCAUAUCUAUUUGAGAAGGCUCUGGAUCAUAGAUAAUCCAUGGUGGUCAAUCGGGUACAAGUCUCAAGUGAAGAGGCAUAGAUUGAUCGUUAAGCUGGUGGGAAGUUCAAGUGUUGAAGGAAUUGAUAGUGGAGAGAAGGUCCUAACUGUAUACUUCCUGGGCAUUGAAAUCCCCAUUUGGGUGCUGUUUUUUGCUCUUGGAGUCUCAUCUGACAGGGAGGUGGUAAAGCUCAUUGAUUUUGGUUAUGAUGAUGCCAGAGUCGAAAAUAUCCUUAUGGCCUCUAUCCGCGAUGCUGAUGAGAGUAAGAAUUAUUCCGAUUUCCGUGAACGGAAGAAUGCAGUGAAUUACAUAGAGAAGGGUAUUAAAGGUGUCCAGUUUCCACCUCCUGAACCUGUUGAAGACUGCUUGAGAAUGUAUAUUUUUCCCAACAUGGGAGGCUUGAAGAAAAAGGCACGAUUCCUUGCAUAUAUGGUGAAAGGUCUCUUAAUGGCUUAUACUGGCCGCAGAAGGUGUGAUAACCGGGAUGAUUUUCGAAACAAGAGGCUUGAGUUGGCUGGGGAGCUUUUAGAGCGCGAGCUGAAAGUGCACAUUGCACAUGCUCGGAAGCGAAUGUCAAAGGCAUUGCAGAGAGACCUCUAUGCAGACCGUGAAGUCCGCCCAAUUGAAGGCUAUCUUGAUGCUUCGAUAAUUACAAAUGGUCUCCAAAGAGCAUUCUCCACCGGAGCGUGGUCUCAUCCUUACAAGAGAUUGGAAAGGAUUUCCGGCGUGGUUGCAACUGUUGGGCGAACCAACCCUUUACAAACUAUGGCUGAGUUGAGAAGGACAAGGCAGCAGGUUCAGUAUACGGGAAAAGUUGGUGAUGCUAGAUACCCGCAUCCUUCUCACUGGGGGAAGGUCUGCUUCCUCUCUACCCCAGAUGGUGAAAACUGUGGCCUGGUGAAAAAUUUGGCUGUUACUGGACUGGUAAGCACCAACAUAACUGAAAUCAUAUUGUCUGAGUUGCUUGACUCUGGUAUGGAAGAGUUACUUGAUGACACUUCUACUGACUUGGGCAACAAGGAUAAGAUCUUCCUAAAUGGGGAUUGGGUCGGUGUGUGCACAAAUUCCAGUGCAUUUGUUACAGAUCUCAGAAGUAAAAGGCGUAGAAAUCAAUUACCUCAUCAGAUGGAGAUCAAAUUGGACAAAUCUCUAAAAGAAGUGCGCAUAAACACUGAUGCAGGAAGGAUUCUACGUCCACUUUUGGUAGUUGAAAACCUUCACAAGAUAAAAGAAUCAAAAGGAACUAAAUGGGAGCAUUCUUCUUUCAAAUCCCUUUUGGAGAAUGGAGUGAUCGAACUUGUUGGGCCUGAAGAAGAGGAAGACUGCCGGACUGCAUGGGGUAUCAGAUAUUUGUUUGGGAAAGAUGGUGACAAAUACACCCACUGUGAACUUGACAUGUCAUUUUUACUGGGUUUAAGCUGUUCACUGAUACCGUUUGCCAAUCAUGACCAUGCAAGGAGGGUACUCUACCAGGCCCAGAAGCACUCCUCGCAGGCCAUUGGCUUUGCUACCACAAACCCCAACAUCAGAGUGGACACCUUAUCACACCAGUUGUACUAUCCCCAGAAGCCCCUCUUCCGUACCAUGACUUCUGAUUGUCUUGGUAAGAAAUGGUUUUCACUGGGUAAUAGUAAACUUCCAAAGGCUGAAUUCUAUAAUGGGCAAGUUGCAAUUGUGGCUGUUAAUGUGCAUAUGGGAUACAAUCAAGAGGAUUCAUUGGUGAUGAACCGUGCUUCUUUGCAGCGUGGUAUGUUCAGAUCUGAGCAUAUAAGGAGUUACAAAUCCGAAAUUGAUAAUACUGAAUCUAAGGAGAAGCGGAAGGAUAAUGUGAAUUUUGGGAAGAUACAAAGUAAAAUUGGUCGUGUUGAUAGCCUUGACGAAGAUGGAUUUCCAUAUGUCAGUGCAAAUUUGCAAAGUGGUGAUAUUAUUAUUGGCCGUGGUGCCGAAUCUGGAGCAGACCAUAGCAUAAAGUUAAAACACACUGAAAGAGGGUAUGUUCAGAAGGUCGUGCUGUCCUCAAAUGACGAAGGGAAGAAUUUUGCUGUGGUUUCAUUGAGACAGGUUCGAACUCCCGUUCUUGGAGACAAGUUUUCAAGCAUGCAUGGUCAAAAGGGUGUCUUGGGAUUUCUGGAGUCUCAGGAAAAUUUCCCUUUCACAAGACAUGGUGUGGUUCCCGAUAUUGUCAUUAAUCCACACGCAUUCCCCUCGCGACAAACACCAGGACAACUCCUUGAGGCUGCUUUGGGGAAGGGCAUUGCUCUUGGUGGUUCUUUGAGGCAUGCUACCCCGUUCUCCACACCCUCUGUUGAUGACAUCAUGGAUGAGCUCCACAGAAAUGGGUUUUCAAGAUGUGGAUAUGAGAGAGUACUAAAUGGGAGAACUGGUGAGAUGGUCCGUUCACUAAUAUUUAUGGGACCAACAUUCUACCAGCGUCUACACCACAUGUCUGAGGACAAAGUAAAAUUCAGGAAUACAGGUCCCGUUCAUCCACUGACACGACAACCUGUAGCAGAUAGGAAACGGUUCGGAGGUAUCAAAUUUGGUGAAAUGGAGCGAGACUGCCUCAUAGCUCACGGCGCAUCAGCCAACCUGUAUGAACGUCUCUUUACGCUCAGUGACUCCUCUCAGAUACACAUCUGUAGUAAAUGCAAAAAUGUAGCUAAUGUGAUAUUGCGGCCAGUAUCUGGUGGCCGCAAGAUAAGGGGUCCAUACUGCCGCAUAUGUGAAUCUGCGGAUGACAUUGUGAUGGUCAAUGUCCCAUAUGGAGCCAAAUUGUUAUGCCAAGAGCUUUUUAGCAUGGGCAUAAAUCUGAAAUUUGAAACCAAUUUCUGCUAGAGAACCAUUUUACUGCCAUAUUAACUUCAUGUGUACUUGGUGUAGAUAUCAUCUUGGAUCCUGGAUUAUUGCUUGAAUGCAAAUUAACUAUCCCAUGAACUACUGAAAUUUAAUUUUUGUGAACUCGGUGUAGAUAUCAACUUGGUCCCAGGAUUAUUGCUUGAAUGCAGUUAGUUAAUUAUUCACAUGAAUUACUGAA